AUGGAGCGGAAAUUGUUGUAUGCAUUUCGCGGCUGGAUUGCAUUUGUGGCCUUUAUGGAUUUGGGAACCGCCUUCCGAUGUUAUAUCGAGCGACGGAGUUUUCUGGGUGAUCACUCAGAAACACAGUUUAUUGAAGGAGACUACACGAUUUCAAGGAUACUGGGUAUAUAUUGCAUAUUGAAGGCAGUCGCGUUGGUUCACUGCACAUUGUACAUACACUACAAACCAGUUGUUAGUAUGGGUGGAUGCUCAUUAGCAAUAACGAUGAUGCUCUACAUAACUGAGGCCUUGUACUUCCGCUCAACUACGUUAAAUUUUUACGUCAUAUUUCCGUGUGUUCUAAACUCAAUAACACUUAUAGGUCUUCUAUAUAUUCCUCGUAAAUUGCGUCUCUGGGAGCAUCGAAUUGCAUCAGAAAAUGAUGAUGAAAACUCGCAACUUCUGAAACAAAUGGGAGGAUUCAAGAAGAGAAGAGCGCACAAAACUAAAACUCCAUGA